AUGCCCGCAACCGCAGGUGCGCCCUUCCUGCUGCGCUCCGCAGCGCCGCAGCUCGCGCGUCUCGGCCUGCGCGCCGCCGCUGCUCCUCUGCUGCGAGCUGCGCUCCCGACGACGACGCAGCGCUGCGGCGCUCGCUCGCCUGCUCCAAUUGCUCCCUCUUACGCCCGCUGCUUCUCCUCCUCUCCCGCUCCUGCACUGCCCGCGAGCGCAGAGACGCAGUCGUACCGCUUCAACCACACCAUGAUCCGCAUCAAGGACCCCAAAAAGUCGCUCGACUUCUACGAGAACGUGCUGGGCAUGACGCUGCUCGACGAGCACGACGCCGGCGACUUCAAGCUCUUCUUCCUCGGCUACCAGCACCAGGAGGGCAAGAGCCGCGGCGAGCGCGAGGCGCUGCUCGAGCUGACCUGGAACAAGGGAACCGAGGACAAGGCCGACUUCAAGUACCACAACGGCAACGACGAGCCGCAGGGCUUCGGCCACCUGGCCAUCGCCGUCGACGACGUCGCCGAGGCCGAGAAGCGCUUCGACUCGCUCGGCGUCAACUUCAAGAAGCGCACCACCGACGGCAAGAUGCGCCACAUUGCGUUCAUCCUCGACCCGGACAACUACUGGAUCGAGAUCGUCCCGGCGAAGAAGAGCAACAUCUAA